AUGGCCGAAGACGAGGAUCAACAAGAACCGCGAGUUUCCGGGCAACGACCGAGACCGUUCAUUCUGGGAGGAGACGAAAGAUCCAAAUGGAGGUUAUGGCAAACCUCUUUCGAUUGGUACGCUAGCAGCGUAGAACUGGAUAGACUUUCUGCUAGGAGGCAAGUUGCAAUAUUUCUCUCUUGCCUUGGUCCCGACAUUAUCGACAUUUACGAAAGCUUCGAGCUUACGGACCAGCAGGCGGAUGAUCUGGAAGCGAUCAAAUCCGCUUUUGCAGAUUAUUUCGACGCCCAUGACAAUCCAGCGUAUGAAACAUUUCUGUUCAACCAUAUGCUUCAGGAAGACGGCGAAACGAUCAACUCCUACGUGACGAAGAUUAAGGCCCAAGUGAAAAAGUGUAAGUUUGUUGAAACUGGCCAGGCAUUGUUACAUCGGCUCGUGCGAGAUCGGCUCAUCAGUGGGAUUCGUUCAGAACCACUCCGUACCAAACUUCUGGAAGACAAAAACAUAAGUUUGGAGAAAGCUGUGGAAAUUUGUAAGGCUAAUGAAGCAGCAAUUCAGCAGAACAAACAAAUUUCAGAAGGAGCUUCAAGUGAUAUUAAUGCAAUCCAAAGUCGUCGUGACAGUGAUAGAAAAAAAGAAAAAUUUGAAAUGUGCGGCUGGUGUGGGCGGAAGCAUCGCCCGAGAAAGUGUCCUGCUUUCGGGGAAAAAUGUAAAAGCUGUGGCAAAAUUGGACAUUUCAGAGAGGUUUGCCGCAGCAAAGCGAAUGCGAGAAUGUUGGGUACAGAAGAAGAUGAUUAUAACGACGGAGAUGAACGUAUCAUUGAUGCCCUUAAAGUGUUUUCCAUCAACAUCCAAGACUGUAGUGAUUAUUGGACCGAAAAAGUUUGUUGUAGUGGCAAAGUGAUUAAAAUGAGCAUAGACACAGGGGCUCAGUGCAACGUUAUGUCCAAGAAGACUGCUCUCAGUAUAGGAAUACAAAGUUGGGGCAUGUCUCCAAUAAAACGUUUAGUGACCUAUAAUGGUGAUAAAAUCAUUGUUCAGGGACGGGCGAUGAUAAAGUGUGUAAUACGAGGUGUGAAACAUGAUUUCCCUUUCCAAAUAAUUGACCAGAGCUGUGCUACGAUUUUGGAUGGCGAAUCGGCAGAGAAAGCUGAGUUAAUAAAACGGAUUAUGAAGUUCACAGUCGACAACCAAAUUUACGAAGGCCUAGGAAAACUGAAGAAUUUUGAAUACGAUAUUGACAUAAUUGAGAAUCCACAAUUUGUGAUUCAUCAGGCGCGAUCCAUCCCGUUUCGUGCUCGAGAAGCAGUCAAGGCAGAGCUGGAUAAUAUGGUCGAAUUGGAUGUAAUUGAGCCUUGCUUGGAAGCCACCGAAGCAGUUUCUCCACUAGUCAUCGUUCGACGAGACGGAAAAAUACGGCUUUGCAUAGAUUUAACCGAUGUCAACAAAAACGUAAAGCGUCGACAUUUCCCACUGCGUCUUGUCGAGGCACCAGUCUUGCAAUAUUUCAAGGUAGGAGAUCCUGUCGUUCUCUCUGUGGAUAGUUCUUCCAAAGCCUUUGGAGCAGUAUUAUUGCAGAAUCAUCUACCAGUAGCGUAUGCAUCGAGAAGUUUAACAAGUGCGGAACAGAACUAUCCGCAAAUCGAAAAGGAGGCUGGCGCAAUACGUUUUGGAUGUCAAAAGUUUCAUGACUAUAUUUGGGGAGCACCAUUGACCAUUGAAACCGACCAUAAACCACUGGAGACUAUAUACAAGAAACCACUAGUAGACGCUCCUCCAAGACUGAAAAGAAUUCUUUAUGAUAUUAAGCCUUACUCUCCCACUGUCAUUUACAAGAGAGGAAAAGACAUACCUGUAGCUGAUGCCUUGAGCCGAAUCUGUAAACCAAAGACUGCCAGCGCCGAAGAAACCUUGAUUGAUCGCAAAGAAGUAUACGCCAUCUCGUGUUUGGAGAAGUCUGCUGAAGAGCGCUACAAAGAUGCUACGAAGAAUGACAUAUGCUUUCAACAACUCUUGGGCUAUAUAAUGGGUGGAUGGCCCAAACAAGAAAAGGAGAUUAUGAAAAAUGUGCGAGAAUAUUUUACAUUUCGUGAUCAGUUGUCGGAAGUAGAUGGACUUAUCUUCAAGGGAGAAAAACUCCUUGUUCCGGAAUCGGAAAGGAGCCGAUUACUGAAAGUCAUCCACGAAGGUCAUUGUGGUAUUCAAGCAUCGAUAAGAAGGGCUCGUGAAUUCGUAUUUUGGCCAAGUAUGACGCGUGAAAUCCAUGAAUAUGUGGAAAAGUGUAAAGUUUGUCAGCAAACACAGUCAACUAAACGAAAAGAAGAAGUCUUUAUGAAAAAGGUGCCGGAGUAUCCAUACCAGGUUGUGGCAAGUGAUCUAUUUCAUUUUGGAGGUUUCACAUUUGUGUUGCUUGUCGAUUCAUUCAGUGGAUUUUACGAGUUCAGGAAGCUGAGAGAAACCACAUCUGAAGAAGUCAUAAAGUUCUUGAAAGAAAAAUUUGCUUGCUUUGGAUGCCCAGAAGAGUUCCAUAGUGAUGGGGGCCCUCAAUAUUCAUCCAGGUCCUUUGCAAAGUUCGCCAAAGAUUGGGAAUUCAAACACGAAAUUUCCAGUCCAGGAUUUCCAAGGGCAAACGGCCUUGCUGAUCGUUACGUUCAAAGCGCCAAAAGGCUGAUUAAAAAGUGCGCAUUGAGCGGUGAAGAUAUAUAUCAUGCUUUGCUGAUGUCGAGAAAUACCCCUAAAGAUAGUCUUUCUUCAGCAGCUGAGAGGCUUAUUGGUCGUCGAACACGUAACAAGUUAUGUGCAGCAAAAGAGCUCGUUAAACCAAAAACAGCUGAGCUUAUUACGAAGAAGCUGCAACUAAAUCGAGAAAAGCAAAAACGUUACGCUGAUAGGGGUGCGAAACCUUUUGUGGAAAUUCCAACAGAGUCACGAGUAUGCGUACAAAAUUCUGAUGGAUCUUGGUCUACAGGAACAAUCAAGGACAAGAAAGGAAAUCGAUCGUAUCUGGUACAUUUGGACGACGGGCGCGAAUUGUGGCGCAAUAGCCACUUCAUUCAACGAACUCAAGUAGAGGAAACCAUCAUUCCUCAGCGGUACGUCCCAGUUCUACCAGACAACUGCGACGGGUCCGAGACGAUUCCAACACGAGAGACGGUUAAUCGACAGGAAAAGAAAAUAGAUAGAGGAGUUCAGCCGCCGGAAACAUCUGGAAACUUGAUUCCGUCAGAAGUAGCACCCACUCCAGGUAUUUCUUCGACAGUGCAAAACGAUGGUGAGAACCGGUUUGUUACCAGAUCUGGUCGUACCGUUAAGCCACCUGUCCGAUACGGUUGGUAA